UGAAGAGUUGUUCUUCAUAUUUUCCUUGUGUUUCUUACAUCUAGUAGGGCAUUCAUUUUCCUAAUAAUCUGAGAGGCAUCGAUCCUUCUCUUCCAUGUUAGAUAGAAGUAAGUUUGCGGUUUUUGAAGAUUUGUGAGAUCAGUACUUGCCUAUGCAGUAUGUAACAGGUUUGGUAAUAUCGUAUCUACUCUACCCCUAAGAAAACACGAACAACAUCAAGCCACCCAGUUGUAAUUUCAUAUUAAAUUUCGUGCAGUACUUGCUUCGGGUUCCGAUGGUUAUGACAUCCCCCUCAAAAAAGAACCACUAUUUUCCGUGGAGAAGUGACUCCACAUCGACUAUGUUCUUUAUCUUCUUCAGCAUAGUCUUGGGGACGAUCAUCCAAGCGAUUGGUGUAGCUGCAGCUGUAUUUUCAUCUCCGUCCUCUGCAGCAGGAUCACGUGAACAAGAAGCUGCUCAGCAUGGAUGCGAAGUUGUUGCCCAACAUGUUGAGGACGAGCAUUUCUUGCGGGAAUGGAACCAGCAAAAGGGCGCAGUGAUAACGCCCCUUGACGUCGUGACGCAGCUGGCCGCUUCACGGAGUGCGCUGUGCCUGAAGAAUGAACAAAUCCGAGAUCUCUCCUCACAGCUCACGGCCAAAAGCAUCACGGACACGCAAUACGAGCUGGCAUUGGCUGCUCUAAUGGCAGAGCGGGAGGCACUGCAGAGAGAAGUUGAAGACCUCCAAGCCAAAGCGGAGUGGGCAGAAAAGGAAGUUUAUGGAACAAAGUGCUUGUUGGUUGUUGAUGUGGUGAAAGAGUUGUCUUUGCUUUUAAUUAUUCUAUGGUAAGUCCUCGAGAUUCCAGUAUUGAUUCCGUUUCUGUCUUGAGUUUUCUCGUCAGUCUUCCCUCAUAAUACACAGCGUGUCUCCUACUUCUCCUGUCACCGUACCUUCUCUAUAGAGACCUGUCUUCCCGAUUGAUGUCCCCACUUCAUUCCUCCUCUCGUCUCCGACAACAGCGCUUGCAGGAUCAAGAGGAUCGAAGGAAGCGAGGCAACGCAGCCUAUCUGAGGAGGCAACUAGAAGCGGCGAGGGUCACAGACCUUGUCGAAACGCGAGAAGCUGCCGCAGCUGCAGCAGAACGGCAGAGACUUCGCGCUGAAUUCAAGGAAAAGGAGAGGAGGCUGAAAGUUAUGGAGGACAGCGUGCUUGCAAAAUUACUUUCCGAAAAGUAAAGCUAAAUCUUCGAGGUAUCUUCACUAGCAGACAGACUAGUGCUGUGGCUCUAGUUAUAUACUUUUUUGUUAUUUGAAUGCUGGAAGGAAGAUCUUGAAGAUCACGACCAGUUGUACUCGUACUACCCUUGCUUAUACUUUUUUCUUUUUUGUUUGAACAAGUCUCUUCUUGUUCUCUACUUACUCUUCCUUUCUAACAAAAGUACUUUCUUAAAAUCAAGUCUCUCCUCGUUCUCUUACUCUUGCUUGUCUCUAAUGUCAACGAAUACGAGAAACAGCGUGAGAAGGCUUUGCGAGAAGCCAAGGAUCGCUUAAAUGGACUGCGUGGGCAGGUCUCACAAAUGGAGAGGUGCAAUCGUGAGCUAAAAGCGAAACUUGCAACGCAACCCCCUAGGUCAACGGCUUCCAGUUCGCAGGACGCCGCUACAAAAAAGGGUAGUAAACUGAUGGAUGAUACGGGAGCAGUAGAAACGCUCGGCAACGAGUUCGAGGUCUAUCAACAGCUUGUGGAACACCUGGAAACGCUGAAAGAACUAGCCUUACUGCCGGGUGAGGAAGAUGAUCGCAUUUGGAUCGAACACCUGACAGAACAGCUCUCGCGCUUACAACUUUUUCUAGAGCGCUCGGGCUACUACGUCGCAACGCAAGUAGAAAGUCAAAAUUGUAGUUCUGUUUCAGAUGUAGAUGCAGAUGGUGUUAGUCCUCAUAGUGAUCAUAGAAGUUGUAGUCCCAUCAACGAUCAUCUAGUGGGACGAUUCAGUGCUAUUGCGAAUAUUCUAGGACUUGGUCGUGAGCAAGGACUGGAGGAGACAACUACAUUAAGGGUGGGAUUGGGAAGUUGACCUAUCAUCUAAGAGCAUCUCUUCUAUGGCUUCUUCAAGUAGGAAGGCCAAAGAUAUGCGAGCUAGAGAUGCCAACUCUCAGCCUCUAACUACAGUAAAGAGGAAAACUCCAAAGGCUGGAGCUGCACGUGAGAGAGUAUCCUCAUCCACGACAACGUCUGCUGGAACGCCUCGGUGUGCUAGCAUUUCUUCCUUGUUGUCUGCAACUCCGGCCGAGAGUUCCGCUUCGGCAGAAAGUGCGGAUGCUAGCAUUGGUACAGCUGACGCCUCAGGAGGUCUUGCGCCAGAGGCAGUGGCUUCAUCGGAGCAGCAAGUCACAGUGGAGAGUCGUACAGUGGAGAGUCGUAGUCCUCAAUCGUCGAACUCCACGGGUAGUCCUCACAGCACACGUCGUAGAAAACCGCAGUCGAAGACAUCAAAAGCACAAGCCAAAGCUUCUCAGGCUUUGCUUUUGGGGAGUACUAAAGCAUCUACUUCGAAAGGCGAGUUGAUAGGAGCUGAGCAAGGACGCUCAUGCACUGAUUUUCGAAUGACUUCAACAGCCGCGUCUUCUUCAGAGAGCUCAGCUGCAUCGACUGCGUCCUCUCCUUCAACUUCCAGAAGUUUCAGGACUAGACUUUCGCGAGCAAUCAGUUCUCUUCAAUACGUUUCAAAAGGCAUGCACUUGUUACACGAUACUAUCGUGAUCCUGGGAAAGAACGCAGUCCUUGAAUGCGAAAUAGUCCUUUUGUUCCUUCUGCGUCAACUUCUGACUCUGAAACGCGUUUUGCUUCCCCUGAUUUUCAACUUAGCCGAAGGAGUGCGAGUGGUGAUUAUGAAGAAUGGACAUUUAGAAAUGACGAUCAUGUUCACGUGGCCUUUGUGACACUUCUUCUAUCUUAUUCUUUCACACUCCACCUCGUCCAAAUUCUGUGUAAGAAAGUACUUACUUACUAGUCUCCCAACAUGUUGUUAAAGAAGAGAAUCAUCAACCCAUAUUAAUUUUUUCAAAACGCAUUAUACGUCACCCUCUAGAAUCUGCAAAAAUGGAAAAGGAUCUAGAUGCUCGAGUAAGUAUUGAACUCCCUCUCCUUGCUUCAUGUACCUCGAAGAAUGUGGAGGCCCUACGGUCAAGCUUGCCGAAGAAUGGGACGAAGACCAAGCUCAGAUGUUCGACGGAGCGACUCGGGUUAGUUCCGUCGCAUGUCUUAUAUCCGGUUGGAUGUAUGAUGAAUUAACAGUAUUGUUCAGAACGAAUGAAUGAUCUCACAGCGAGGACUCAUUGAGAACGAAUCUCAAAGAAGAUAUGGGAACAAAAAAUGUCGUUAUAAGUAAUUCUAAAAGUUGUAUUAAUGCAAAAAAGGGGGAACGACAUAGGUACCCAUAUCGACAGUGUCUCAAUGAGUGGAGGCAUUCAUUGGAUCUACAUGAACCGAGACGAUCUUGGCUGGGUCGAUGUGGAGGUAUUACCCUCACCGUUCUUUCCGGCACACGCACACCGUUGCACGUGGGCCACACUGCUGUCUUUUCAAGUAGUAGGUGCGGUGGUUACGCAUACCCUGUGGCAAUUUACAAAUGGGAAAGGACUAGCAUUGAGGACACUGUUGCUAUCCACCCUUGCUUCGGCUACGCUUUGUGUGCUCGUUUUAAGGGUACAAGAAAUCUCCCAUUUUCAGAGGCAUCUUGGUCCCGUUUUUUAAAGGGAAAAGGAGACCCAAGAUGCUGCUGAGGAUGGAUUUCCAUUAGUUCUAAUCGUUGAGGCGAGUCGAAAUAUUGCACCGACGACAGGUACUACGGCUUUCACUACUUGUUUCUCUCAUCUGGCACUCGAUGUCUCCCAUAAUGUUGAUGAAUUUUUUUAUACAUCAACGUACGUUGUGCAUCUUCACGAAAGAAGAAGAACUACAUUGAAGACGAGGAGGCGUGGUCACCAUUUUUUGUAGAACAAUAUCGGAAGUAGAACACUUUGACUUUCAUCUGUCUACUUGGCAUCUUUAUGGCCAUCAUCAAAAUCCAUCACGACAGAAUCCAGUGAGCUCGAUGUUAGGUCUAGCCUUUGCACUAUCGAUGACCUCGAAAAUCGGCUGAGUGCUCUUACGCUAUCAGCGAUGUCCGAUCCGAUAGCUGAUGAUGGUUCCACGUGCAGAAAUACUUAUGAUCGAACAAACUUGGCGUAAUGUUAAUGAUUUCUCCUUCUCACAGAGUAGUUGUUUUACCUCUUUAGGUCCUCAACGACAGCAUGUGAGUCGGAGUAAAUCCUUACUAGGACGAUCUUCGUUACCAGGAGUGAUUCCGCAUCAUUUUUAGUAUGCAAUGAUGAAAGAAUAGCCUUCAUUUUUUAUCGGUUCAUCUUCUUCUAAACAAAGCAAAGCAUUCCAGCAAAUAUGGUAUCGUCAGUGUCAAGUCCUAAAUGCACUGUGGAUCCAGUAACUGGGUCAAUCCGUGGUAACCUCUGUUGCAGCACUUUUCUGAGAAGGGAUCUGCUAUCCUUUCAGGAAUUCAUGCGCUCGAAUGGUUCGGAAAGGUUAGGCUUAUGAUAAGUAGCUGGAAGGGUUAGCUGUUCUAGUUAUAAGCUGGAAGGGCGACUAGUUGUUCCAUACCCCAAGAUUGGGUACACUACUACUACUACUACUACUACUACUGCUACUACUACUACUACUACUACUACUACUACUACUACUAGUGAUGACGACGAGGACGCUUUGCGUGUCCUACACAUUAGAUUUUUAUUCCUGUUCGUUCUACUCAUCUGUCGUGAUAAUCUGCUGGAGUGCCUUUGUGAUUUUUUGCCGAAGCGCAUGUUCCACCGCGCAAUGCUGUGUUGACCUAUGCAUAGUACGCAUCGGCAUCCUCUAAUAUCAGAGGUGUCACUUGCAGGACAUACGUUUUUAAAGCACGAAAAACCGCUUUUUAGUAAAGAAAAGGAAGACGACCUCCACAGCAGAGACGAAGAUGACGAAGACCAAGAGGAGUUUCGCGUGGCUCUUCGUACCUCGAUAGGUAUCACUUUGCAAGCAUUGUUGUAUGUUUGGUCGAAUUUCUUCGCUGAUCCCCCAGUAGAAUCCUGUGGCUAUGACAGUGAAGACGAACAUAAACAUUAAGGCUUACCCUAGUUCAUUUUAGGAAUCUUCGUUGACGUGCUUUCAGGGGGAAAAGUUCACUACAAAGAUUCGCUCGGAGAUGAUUUUGGGUAAGCUCUAAGGGCAAUCAGUAGCCUUCGCCAAGCAAGCUGCCAAAGCAGUGGCAAAUAAAGGUUCUUCAGGUUCUUCGCGUCGUCCGAAGGGUAGGAGACGUGGAUGAAGAAGACUAUGACCACUCAAGCAGUAAAAAAACCAGUAGCAGAAGAUGGAUGAAGAAGACUAUAACCACUUAAGCAGUAAAAAAAAAACGGUAAGAGCAUACAUCACAUCUUCUCGAUUACAGAGCAGAUCUUGACCUUGACCUUAUCAAAAAUAGAAUGUUCAAUCUGAUACAACUAAUUAGACUUCUUGUUACUCAUAGCAAUCGACUCAUUCUUCAAAACUUUCGAAGAAGAACAGUCUGAGUUAUAUUUUGUUUCGCCUUCGGGUUUAUUUUCCAUCUAAGAUACUCUUCUUUUUGAGAUCGUUUCGAACGGACCAGGUCAUAUUGAUCUCCACACUAGAAGCAGUAUGAGGUCGCUAUUAGUUCAUAGACGGUUACUCCUGUUAGUAUCAGAUUAAUAUCGGGAAUUAAUACAACAUUAACAUACUUUUUCAUCUGUCAUCAACAUCCUAGUACUGAGACAGGAAAAAACACAGACUUGUUCUUUCUUAUCCUUCAUGAAGAUGGAUUCUACUAUCUGCGUGGCUACUAACAUGUAUAAAAAGGAGAACUCAGUCUCAGACUGCGUGCCUAUGCAAACAGGAGGACUCACUUUCUAAAAAUGUGCAACUUCUUACUAAAUAAUUACACGUGAAGAACAACGUGAAAGACAUUUCUUCAAAGAAACCCAAUGACGCAGGGCAUCUGGUAGUCCUUCAGAGGCUGCGUUAAUCCGCUUAAGAAUGCAGCUAAACCCUGCGGACGGCGGAUCACAUCCUAAUCCUAAUCCUAAUGGUCGUUUGCUCCUUCAUGUUAGUCGUGCAUAAGGCGCGGUCAAGAGUUGAGUAGAACAAGCAACAGAAAAUGGCCGAUAGAGCUAAAGUUCGUGCAUUGUAUUUUGUGGGCUUCUGCUCCUUUUCAUACAUGGCAUAGGAGUGCUCCUGGCGCUCUUCAUUAUACACACCCAAUAGGCUGACUUUCGACCACCUCAGGAACGAUCUACAACCACCCUAGGCAAG